AUGGCCGACUUCGAGGCCCCCUCUGGGCCCCCGCCCCCCAAGGUCCCCGAGGGCUGGGUCGCCCGCUGGAACGACCAGUACAAGGAGUGGUUCUACGUAAACACGUACACCAAGAAGUCCCAGUGGGACAAGCCCACCGAGCCCGCCGUCGACCCCAACGCCACACAUCACGACGGCCCGGACGGGCCCCCGCCGGGGUACACCCCUUCAAACCAGCCCACCCCCAGCGACGUCAAGACGAACCCGUUUGCCCAUGAGGGUGCACCGGCCACGGUAGGCGGCGGCGCGGGUGCUUCCGGCUCUGGCGCGGCGAGUAGCUAUGCCACCAGUGCGCACGAGGACUCUGACGCCGCGCUCGCGCGCAAGAUGCAGGAAGAGGAGGAGGCUCGUGCGCGCGGUGCCGCUGGUGGUUAUGCUGGAUCCCCCGCGCCGGGCCAGUAUCAGCAGCAGCAGCAGCAAUAUGGCGGUUCUCAGCAGGAUACUCGCGGCAACGGCAAAGAAAAGGCCAAGGGCUUCCUGAGCAAGCUGCUCGGUGGCAGCAAGUCUUCCCACGGCGGCGGCUAUCCCGGUGGUGGAUAUGGCCAGCCACAACAAGGCUACGGCGGUGGCGGUUACGGCCAACCACAGCAGGGCUAUUAUGGCGGCGGCCCACCGCCGCAGCAGUACGGUGGAGGCUAUGGCCAGCCUGGCUUCGGCGGCGGUGGUUACGGCCAGCCGGGAUACGGUGGCCGGCCGAUGUACGGCGGUGGCGGCGGCUACGGCGGUGGCUACGGCCAGCCCAAGAAGUCGGGCGGCGGCAUGGGCAUGGCCGGCGGCGCGGCCCUGGGUCUCGGUGCCGGUCUGAUUGGUGGUGCAAUCAUUGCCGACCAGAUCCAGGACGGGCAGGAGGAUGCCUACCAGGACGGCUACCAAGACGGUGCUGGUGGUGAUGAUUUCGGCGGCGGCGACUUUGGUGGUGACUUCUAG